AAGUUUAAAGAUUCUUUCACAAAUUUAAGUUAAAGAGCCACAAGUGGAACAAAGUUUUCAAGGUUCUCACUCUCAGAGUUCUGGAGAUUUUUCUCCAGACAUCCAAAACGGUUCGAAAAUCUUUUAACCGUUAUGCUGUUUGCCAUUGUCCAUGAGUGCGUUUAAGCGUUUUCUAAAUUGAUAGAAAGCCGGGACUAAAUUCUUCACGUGGUAUUCUAACUGUUUCUAUGAAAGUGUGUGUUUAUCUUUUGCUGUUGUGCCUGUAGGCGUAUUCGAAGACACAAUUUGUUUGUGUGAGUGGCUGUAACAAACAACAAUUGCAAAAACAACAGCAAUAACAAAACUAUAUAAAUUUCGUGUUAUAAUGUUUAAUAAGUUUCAUACCAUUGAUUGGAUACUAAAACCAGUUCAAUGUCAAGAUGGACCCUCGUUCUUAAAACGUGCGAGCACCGAUAAAUUGCGUGAAGUCUUCCUUAAGUACGCUUCAUAUCAGAAGAAUGGCGAAUACUUUAUGACUAGCGAAGAUUUUGUAAGAAAAUUCUUGGGACUAUUCACAGAUGCUGCAUUUAAUGAUGAAUCAGUGCGUUUAUUAGCCGGCAUUGCUGAUACCAGUAAAGAUGGACUUAUUUCAUUUGCAGAAUUUCAAGCUUUCGAAGGUUUAUUAUGUACACCAGACGCUUUGUAUAAAACUGCUUUUCAAUUAUUUGAUCGCCAAGGCAAUGGCACAGUAUCCUAUGAUAAUUUUGCUGAAAUCGUACAAAAAACUGAAUUACAUUCGAAAUUACCCUUCAGAUUAGACAGUCCAUUUAUUAAACGAUAUUUUGGUGAGAAAAAACAACGCUUGAUCAAUUACGCGGAAUUUACUCAAUUACUUCAUGAUUUCCAUGAGGAAUACGCUAUGGAAGCAUUCCGAACUAAAGAUCCAGCCGGUUCUGGAUAUAUAUCUCCAUUAGAUUUUCAUGAUAUUAUGGUUAAUGUUAAAAGGCAUUUACUUACCGCCGAUGUUAAAGACAAUUUAGUAGCGAUAACUGAGGGUCACAAAGUUAGUUUUCCAUAUUUUAUGGCUUUCACAUCAUUACUAAAUAACAUGGAAUUGAUUAAGCGCAUCUACUUGCAUGCCACACAAGGUAAUCGCACAGAACCUGUUACCAAAGAUGAACUAUUAUAUGCUGCUCAAACUAUGAGUCAAAUUACACCAUUAGAAAUUGAUAUUUUAUUUCAGUUAACAGGAGCUUUACAUCAUACCGGUUGGUGGAGACGUAAAAAGUUUGAAGCAAAUAGACGAGUAGUUUAUAGCGAUUUGAAUAAUAUCGCUCCGGAACAUUACACAAAGCAUAUCACCACUAGAUUAGCGGAAAUCAGAGCAGUGGAAAGUCCAGCUGAUCGUUCAGCAUUUAUACAAAUUUUGGAGAGCACUUAUCGAUUUACAUUGGGCUCAAUGGCGGGCGCCGUUGGUGCCACAGUUGUUUAUCCCAUUGAUUUGGUAAAGACCCGCAUGCAAAAUCAGCGAACAGGUUCCUAUAUUGGAGAAGUGGCUUAUAGAAAUUCUUGGGAUUGUUUUAAAAAAGUUAUUCGUCACGAAGGUUUUUUGGGUUUAUAUCGUGGACUUUUACCACAGCUAAUGGGCGUGGCGCCGGAAAAAGCCAUUAAGUUAACAGUAAAUGAUUUGGUGCGUGAUAAAUUAUCCGACAAACAGGGAACUAUACCUGUUUGGGCUGAAGUUCUAGCAGGUGGUUGCGCUGGUGCUUCGCAAGUGGUCUUCACCAAUCCCUUAGAAAUUGUUAAGAUACGUCUGCAGGUAGCUGGUGAGAUAGCAGGCGGUGCUAAAGUUCGUGCCUUAGCGGUUGUUCGCGAUUUGGGUCUAUUUGGUUUGUACAAAGGUGCCCGAGCUUGUCUGCUGCGUGAUGUACCAUUCUCUGCCAUUUAUUUUCCCACAUACGCUCAUACAAAAGCUUUAUUUGCUGACGAAGACGGAUAUAAUCAUCCGUUGACUUUGUUGGCUGCUGGUGCAAUAGCCGGUGUACCGGCUGCCUCGUUGGUUACACCGGCUGACGUGAUUAAAACUCGUUUACAAGUAGUAGCUAGAACUGGUCAAACUACCUACACUGGUGUAUGGGAUGCUACUAAAAAAAUUAUGGCUGAAGAAGGGCCGCGAGCCUUCUGGAAAGGAACAGCUGCACGUGUCUUCCGUUCAUCACCACAAUUUGGUGUUACAUUAGUUACCUAUGAAUUGCUGCAACGUUUAUUUUACGUUGAUUUUGGCGGUUCUCAUCCCACUGGCUCCGAAGUGCACAAAUCCAAAUCUAUCGAUACGCUCAACGAUAUACGCCUUAAUGCUGAUCACAUUGGUGGCUAUCGGGCUGCAGUACCUUUACUCAAUGGCAUCGAAUCGAAAUUUGGUCUCUUUUUGCCACGCUUUCAAUCUCGCCAUCAACAACACACUAUUGAAUCAUCAUCGACGGGUUCAAAGAAAACCUCAUGAUGAUAUCGAAGCCUCUAUUAAAAAACUAUAACAUCAUAACAUCACAAAACCAGCCUGUACAUCUAUCCAAUAAAUAUAUAUAUAUAUAUAUAUAAAUAAUGCCAGACUUUUAAGUUUAAAUUCUAUUUUCUUAAAUGCAAUUAAGAAGUAAAAAAUAAUCAUUAUAGUGAAAAUUUAUAAUUACAUCUAAUAAUUAUGUAAAGAUAAGAAGUAAAGAAUUGAAAGUAAAUGAAUCUAAAAACAGGUUAAUUCAAAGAUAAUACGUAUAUACGCAUACAUACAUAAAUACAAACAUACAUACAUACAUACAUACAUACAUACAUA